CCCCUUAUCCGCUUGACGCUCCCCACUGCGCCUAAAAAUGGCCGCGUCCCACUGAACCAACCGUCUGCACAUCCUCCUCCUGUUGCCGCUCGCUCGCCGUGCCGCAAUGGCUACGGCCGUCGCCUCCCAUACGUUGCUCUCCUCCGCCUUCGCCCCGCGCCACUACCACCGCCGCCUGACCCGGACCGCGUCCGUGGGGCCGCGCCGGGCCGCCCCGGUGGGACUGGCCGUGCGGUGCGAGAAGAGCGACAAGCAGAAGAGGCAGCCGCUCGCCGCGCUCGUGCCCCGCGAGCAGCGCUUCAUGUUCGAGGGAGACGAGCUCUGCGGCCCCGACAUAUGGAAUACAACCUGGUAUCCUAAGGCUGCAGAUCAUGUAACUACCGAGAAGACAUGGUAUGUUGUUGAUGCAACAGACAAGAUCCUAGGCAGGCUAGCAUCCACCAUUGCAGUACAUAUCAGGGGAAAGAAUGAACCCACUUACACUCCUAGUGUAGACAUGGGAGCUUUUGUUAUUGUGGUCAAUGCAGAUAAGGUUGCUGUUUCUGGUAAAAAGCGGUCACAAAAGCUUUAUAGGAGGCACUCCGGAAGGCCUGGAGGGAUGAAAGAAGAAACUUUUGACCAACUUCAGAAAAGAAUUCCAGAGAGAAUCAUUGAACAUGCGGUUCGUGGCAUGCUCCCCAAGGGAAGGCUGGGAAGAAGAUUAUUUACCCACCUCAAGGUAUACAAAGGGACAGAACAUCCGCACGAGGCUCAAAAACCUGUCCCACUCCCGAUCAGGGAUAAAAGAAUACAAAAAACUGGAUAGAGAAUUCAUCGACUGAAAAGGAUGCAGUGGCGAAUUCCUCCCCAGAAGGUUUUGCCCUUUGUUUGGAAUGCUAUCCUCAUAACCAUGCCUCUGAUCGGGGAGGGGGGGGGGGGGAGUAUAAAUCCUCUUUGUAAUUUUGAUGUUUACCAAUGCAUGAAAUUCAGUCAAAUUUCUGUCAAUGAGUAGUCAUGUAAUAUGGUACGGUUUAAAUCAACCUAAAAUCUUUAUUUUCCAGUUGAAGUUUGUAAUUUUGACCUCGUAUGGUAUGAAGUGGCAGAUUGUUUCAA